AUGGAGAUGCUUCGUCAGAUUCAAUUGAAUAUCCCUAUGAUGGAUGCUUUGAGAGAAAUGCUAGGCUAUGCAAAGAUGAUGAAGGAUCUGAUGUCACGGAAAGUUGACUUUCAGGACCUGUCCGCAGUGACUAUGACACAUACAUAUAGCGCAGUAGUGACGCGACCCAUGGCUCAAAAGAUGUCCGAUCCAGUUAGCUUCACUAUUCUGUGUACUAUUGGGAGUUAUGCUUUUGCAAAAGAAUUGUGUGACUUAGGAGCCAGCAUAAACUUGAUGCCAUUGGUGAUAUAUACAAAACUGGGCAUUGGUAGAGCUAGACCGACUUUGAUGUUGUUGCAACUGGCUGACCGCACGAUUAAAAGACCGACGGGGAUUCUUGAUGAUGUGCUGAUACAAGUAGAUGAGGAGAUACCCAUCAUUCUGGGGAGGCCAUUCUUAGCCACUGGGAAAGCGUUGAUUGAUUUGGAAGCUGUGGAUGUGAUCAUAUAUGAAUAUGAUGAGACCCUGAACAUUAAAGAUCCAUUGGGAGCUUGUUUGACAAAUUUAGAGGAGAUGGACGGUGAAGGAUUGGCAGAGUGGGUCAUGGCACUUGAAGGCCAAGGAUUCUGGAAGAGGGAGCCUGAGUUCGAGCCCCUUAAGUUAGAAAAGAGGGAUACACCACCUGCAAAACCAUCAAUAGAGGAACCACCACAGCUGGAGCUGAAACCUCUUCCAGCCUCCCUUAGAUAUGCUUUCUUGGGUCCCAAUCUUAUUACAUCAUCUGGUUUGUUAGCUGUGCAAGUAGAAUAA